GGCUCUGGCAACGGUGGCGGCGGCGGCUGAGUCGUCUGCAGCGCCGCGUGAGGGUCGUCACACCGCCUCGCUCCUCCUCACCUUGCCCCCCCAAGCUCACCACCACCUCACAUGGGUAAUGUUCAGGCUUCUGGGCCGGGGAUGCCGGCACCACCCACGCCGCCCCAUCCACCGCCGCCCACCCUCGCCGCCCCGACGCCCGAGGACAAGAAGGCUGAGGAUGGAGAGGGUGCGAGCGAUAACCCAGGCACUAUGGAAGACCUACACAAGAAAUGUAAAGAUGUAUUCCCAGUAAUGUUUGAGGGGGGAAAAUUUAUGCUUAAUAAAGGACUGAGCAACCACUUUCAAGUUUCACAUACUAUAAAUUUCUCCACCUUACAGCCACCUGGCUACAGGUUUGGUGCAACGUUUGUGGGUACUCAGCAGCUGUCUCCAUCAGAAGCAUAUCCAGUUAUGUUAGGGGACAUAGAUCCCUCUGGUAAUCUCAAUGCUAAUAUCAUACAUCAAGUAUCAUCAAAUAUUAGAGGAAAAUUUGUAGCACAAAUCCAGCAAAGUAAAUGGCAAGCAACACAAGUAACAAUGGAUUGGCGUGGUGCAGACUGUACAGCCUCUUUGACGUUAGGCAAUAUUGACUUGAUUAAUGGGUCAGGUGUGGCUGUCACUCACUACUUACAGCAGGUCACCAAAAAACUGGCCUUAGGAACAGAACUAGCAUAUCAAUUUGGGGCACAGGUUCCUGGGGGCCAUAUUGCAGUACACUCCAUUGCUGGCAGAUAUACUGGUGACAACUUUACUGCCUCUGGGACACUUGGUGGGGCGGGCAUUCAUCUAUGUUACUACCAAAAAGCAACAGAACAGUUACAGUUUGGAGUAGAGUUGGAAACAAGUUUACGAAUGCAGGAGUCGGUUGCUUCUAUGGCAUAUCAGUUGGAAAUUCCUAAAGCUAAUACUGUAUUUAGAGGAACUCUUGAUUCCAACUGGACUGUUGGGGCCGUAAUGGAGAAAAAGCUGAUGCCACUUCCCUUCACACUGGCUUUGUCGGCAAUGCUCAACCACCCUAAGAAUCAGUUUAAACUUGGAUGUGGCUUUAUAAUAGGCUAAUGUAAGAAAAAUGUGUUGUAUAGAAUCCUGAUUGACAUGGUCAUUCAUCCACAAUGCUUUCCUGCGUUAUUGAGCAAGUUGAGGUCUCCUGGCAGGAUUCAUGAAGUGAUGAGUACCAUUCAUAAAUAUUGUAUAGAGGAAUUUGAAUGUACAUAGAAAUAUGGAAGCCCAUUGCCAUAAUUUUCCUGUGCAUUGCUGGGGAGUUUUACCGUGACCAAGUACCAUGUACUUAUUAGAAUAAUACACUAGUACAGUAUGAACCAUUUAAUUUCAAGGACAAUAGUUUCCCCUACUGCAGAAUAGUGCGGGUUGGAUUUAAUAUUCCCCUUGUUCAUCCUGUAUUAUUCGUGGCAGUAUUAUUGUGCCCGAACAGGAUAAUAAUGACUUGGAAAGUCUGUUGCCAUUCCUUUUGAACAAAACUAAUUUUUUUAUUGUGUUCAAAGUCCUGUUAAAUAGCUAACUUUUUCUUUUAAUUAAUAAAUAUAGGUAAUGCUUUAAUAUCAACAGCAUUUGUGUACCAUUUCAUAGAAAGACAGUAGAUGUGGUAGUCAUGCUUUCACAUUUAUUUAUUUUUAUUAUAUCUUUGAGCAUGUAUACAGUAGCUUGUGUACGUAGAAGUUGAUUUGCCACAUAGGUUACUGCAGCCGAUUUAUUAUCUUGUGUAAAUUUCACGCCUAGGAAUUGUACAGUUAAAAAAAAAUUUGUUUCGUGGAUAUCAGUUUAAUAAUAAUACUGCAAAUGAAGUUAAUUCUGGUGCUUCUUUAUGGAAUGUGGGAGAGUUGAGCCAUUUCUCAAAUUAUCAGGUGCCUAACAUAGUUACUUGUAGGUUGUUUGAUUUAAGUUUGUUGCUGUUCUAAAGUCUAUAAAAGCAAAUCUAAUACUGUCAUUAACGUCAUGCCUCGGACAAGUUUGUCUUGUAGAACUUGAUAUGAAUGUAAACAAUCAUUAAUUAUGACUACAAUAGUUUUAUAACUAGUUUUAUUUAAUUUUUUUUUUUACAAUUGCAUGUGCAUUGUAGUUCAUCGUAACAAAACUCAUUUCUGAUUGUUUUCUUUAACAUUGUUUAAUAUAAUUUAAAUCCCUUUUAUUGUUAUGCUUUUCGGAUUUGUUUAAUAUUUUAAUAAUGAAGGCCUUUAUACUUUUAAGUACUUUAAUUCUAUUAUAAUUUUGAUAAAGGCUUUGUAGGCUUGCUCCCAUGUGCUGCUACAUUGUACUGGUCUAUAUUAUGGCUACAUUAAGUAGAGAAUAUAUAAUGCUAUGUUAUACACAAAUGAUUUUGCAUUACCUCCCAAUGUAGAUAGCCAUGCAUAUAAAGAACUGAUUGUUGGAAUUGUUUUGAUAAUUGUUACCAUGUACAAAACAGAUGGUUCUUUUAACA